AUGGCACCACCGACCGUCCUUCGAUUGGACGUGCGUGCCCCGGCCGACGUGACGCUCGCUCGCAUUUUACUAUGUGUCCAAUUUGACAUCAAGUCCGACAAGUCUCUGUACCAGCAGUACGCACUGUGUAAAGUGCGCUCAAAGAUCGAGGCGGAGAAGUUCUGUAAGCGAACCGAUGGGAAUGCAGGCGUGGGACCUGUGGGCAAUCUAUCCGUGCAAUUGAAUUGCUCUGUGAUCCAUGGCCACAUGGCAAGGCGUGGAGCCGUGCUCUACACGGUGCCAUGGAACCAACUGGUCGUCUUGUUGGACGCCCUCAAGCGCUUCGUCUUCCCCUCAACGCCGGUUUUUGGGCUUUGGGCCCUCUCGACAUGGCACUGCGUGCAGGCCUCGCGAGAGAGGCAUGCCAACCAUCUGGAAGAGCUGGGGAACACGAUGGAGAGCGAGAGUGCCUCGAUAUUGGCUGCAGAGGACAGCAUGGCUAAAUGCCGGUCCAGGCAUUAUUUGAAUUUCCCAGUCCAUCGCACUCCCAUCGUGGGUGUGAAGGAAACAAAGGCAAAUGCCAUAGGCAAGUUCAGCAAACGAAGAGAAACACUUCUCCCAUCUUUUGCACGUACUUCGAAAACUGGGCUUCGGCAUCUCUUCGCCGCUGACUGA